AUGCGUAGCGCAUCCCAAAAGGAUUCCUCAAUGCCCAAAGCGCCGGAAUGCCGUUUUAAUUUGCCACAUUCCGAAAAGCUGGAUGGCGACACGGAAUGCCGUCUUUUCACCCCUUAUGAUCGCCGUCAUGUAGUUGGCCGCCUGUACGUCUCUGCCCGCUUUGUCUGUUUUGGAAGUCGGACCGAACGUCUUGUCUCCAUAGUGAUCCCUGUUGUUGAGAUAUCGACGGUUGAGGAAUGUAGCGCGGCCUAUGGUGAGAAUCUGACGCGCGGCACUGGAUUGCUGAUUUGUUUACGGAAUGGGGGGACCAUCGUGUUCUCCUUUGUGCCCGAUCGCGAUAGAGUGCUUGCGAAGAUCACGACGUUUGUGGAACGAUUCCGGAUCCAAUGUACGCUGAAGAAACCAUCUACAGCAAAG